AUGACAUCGAUUAAUCCGUCAUCCAUCCUUAGGGAUCAUCUCUACUCCACAGAUGACAGAUUGAAAAUAGGGAGGCCGCCGCCUUUGCUUAAGAGCACUGAUGAAGAUAUAAUCAUUGAAGAGGAGCCAGCGUCGGAAACAACUCCAGUGGUUGAUCCCGCAUCCAUAUCGAGAUGCUGCAUAGAGAGGGGCCUAUUUCCGGUAGUCCCUUUAUUCUUUCAAUAUCCGUGUGGCACCAGCAAGGGUUGGUCAGAGUGGGUUGACCGUGAAUUGAGAGACCCUUCCACUUGUGACAUUCUAAGUCGGGCACGAGUGUUGGAUGCGAUUUUUAUUUCUAAAGCUUGCAACAUUCAUAUUGAAGCCAAGAUGCUCCGGCAUGUGGUUAGGCUAUGGAGUACCAAGACGCACACCUUUACCUGUUCGUGGGGAGAGUUUGCUCCCACACUUGAGGAUGUAGCUAACAUCUUCCACCUCCCACUUUGCGGCAGCCAAGACCUCUUUCACAUUGCGUUGACUCCAGAAGAUAAACUAAAGCUUGAGGCUUUACGAAAGAGCGCCCCGACUUCUCCUAGCACUUCUUUGCGGUUUAGCAACUGGAUACAAUUUUUCGGGGAUGUUAGUAGGAAUGAACCAUGUCGCCUUGCAGCGUUUAUAUCAUUAUGGCUUGGAAGAUUCACUUUCUGUGAUUUUUCUCAAGACUGUCUGCACGAGCGGGUAUUUUCUUUGGCAUUGGUGAUAGCACAUGGCAGCAUGCUUCCUCUAGCCCCUAUGUUCUUGGGGCACCUAUACCGCUUGCUUGACCAGGUUCAAAAUCUUGAGAAAGGAGCGGCAGGAACCAUGGCUGUGGAAACUUUCCUGAAUUCCAGCUUCCUGCAAGUCUUUUUAUGGGAGCGCUUCCGAGGGAUAGAGGUAUCCCCAGUUCCCUACUCGAAGGCUAAGACACUCGCUGGUUCUAAUGCGAGUUCCUACGUACCAGAGAGUCUCCCUUUGAUUUGCAGAUGGUCACGACUGAUGCAAAGGAAGGGCCAGAAUUUCCUAGAGCUGCUGGACGAUGUUGAGAGAUUUAUCUUUCGCCCUUACUGUGCUUUAACGGAGGGAUUUAAAUGUAUACCCUUCUAUGCUGAUUUUGGUGAUCUAGUUGGGGCCCCAAUAAUGACAGCACAAGGCCGUCAAUUGCGAAGGGAAGCGUUGCUAAGCGCUGCGUGCCUUUCUUUGCCUACACUGGGUGAUGACCACUUGAAAAUUUUCGGUGUGCCUUUCAGUCCUAUCCACGGAGAGCCCUCUUCACUGCAUAAAGUCUUUUGGACUGAGGACCAAGUGUCGGGAGAUGGCAGGCCUUUUGCCCUUGCUUUGGCUAACAAAGGGCGUGUUGGCGGUCUCUCGAAAGCCUACCAAAACUACUGGAAUCGCUGCUUUGCUACAUUUAAUCGAUUCCAUGCUGCCCAUUGCGAUCGAUUGCUUCCCACCAUAGUUCGUCAUGCUCGCUUAGUGUCAGAAGAGAAGGUCAUCGCCUUAAGUGAGAAGCGGAAUCUGCCUUUCACUUCCAAAAGCGGAGAGAUUGUUGGUGAUUUUUUGAAGCUAAAGCGGAAGUUAGAGAAAUCAGGCUCUCAUAGUGUCGGGAAAAAUGUUGCACAUGGAAAACGAAAGCGGGAGGAGGGCCACAACGUUGAUGAGAAAAGACAAGCUGUAAAGGGACCUAAAAAAUUUAUCCCCAAGGUGGCAGCAAGUGGUCCCCCCAGCCCCAAAAGGGAUACUCUCUCAGAACCUUUACCACAGCAGCAACCCGUGGGUUUUGGCAGCAGCAAGGGGAUUGACAAGGUGCCGGAAGCUUCGUCUCCCCACAGUUCAUCCAAAACCAAGAGCAAAGGCAAAGUAACCCAUAUGGUUCCAAAGCGCCGAAGUACGCGCAUACUUCGAACAAGAUUUGCUAGUACCCGCAAAGACAAGGGUGAAGGCUCUGGACCUGAGGUAAUUGUAACAAUCGAUGAUGAUGAUGAUAGCAGUGACGAAAGUGGUGCUGCAGAGGCUGAGAUUAGCACCCACAGGCAAGAGAGCACUCAUGGCACAAGUGGCAUGGAUGAGGACCCUGAUGAAGGCCAAUACUAUAGCCAUGAUGAAGACACAUGUUUGGAUUUCGACAUUCCCUUGGAGGAGCCAGGUGCCUCAGACAUGCCUCCUGAGUUUGCUAGUGACCAUGGGCAGCGUGUUGACAUUACAUUGGUUGUGCCCACUACAGGUUACUCAUCGGAGGCCGGCCUUGACUUUCCUGCUACUGUUGCUGACGCCAUCUUGGGUCUUCCAGCAGCGCGGCCUCCUGCUCCUCCUGUCCUAGGCACAUCUGACGCGGCUGCCGACACCUCUCCACCACUUCCAGCAAUGCCACCUCCGACUCCUCUUAUCUUGGGCACAUCCGAUAUGGCUGUCGACGCCUCUCCACCACUUCCGGCAGUGCCACCUCUGACUCCUCUUAUCUUGGGCACAUCCGAUAUGGCUGUCGACGCCUCUCCACCACUUCCGGCAGUGCUUCCUCCUACUGAGAUCAUUGACAAUAGCCAUAAGGAUGGUGAUGCCUUUAUCGCAGGUACCUCCGGCAGGCAUUCAUCCGGGAAAAGCAUGUCUUGGCAGGAUUGGGAAAAUUCCUUCAUGGCAUUCAAAGCCUUUUUCGAUGGGGGUGUCAUAAUUCUUCGGUCCGUCGACGAGCUUCUUUCGCUUUGCCACAAAUUCAACGGUUAUGUGGCAUUCCAAGGCGCACUUGUGUAUCCAGAGACAGUUGCGGUCUUGAGAAAUUCAUGGAUAACUACGGCAAUUUCAUGGAAGCUACCGACAUCACCACUUCUUUCUCAAGGUGUACUGCCUUUCGAGCCCUUGGCUUAGUGUUUCACAGGAUAAACACCAUGCAGCUUCUUGAUAUCACUGAUCACAAACUAUUUUGUUGGCGGGACGCGAUAUGUGAGGCCAUAACCCUAGGCUUUCAUGUGGACUUCCUUUUCAACCUUGUGAAGGACCUAGCACGCGCUGUCUUCGGAGCACGGGCCAUUCGUAGUAUGACAUUAUCACACGGUCCUGAUGAGAUAAGAGCUGCCACCAACUCCUUGAAUAUUAAACAGCGAGAAUUAGAGGACAAACGUCGGGAAUUACAUGCCCUCCUUCUUGCUAAAGGCAUUUCUGCUGACAAUGCUGAAUGCGUGGCAGGAGUAGCAACCAGAGCAUCUCCCAGGGCCUCCUCUGUCCUCUUCGGGCGUUCUCCGUAGCCUCAAGGUAUUUAGCUCAUUCCUUAUUUGUUUUUAUUUUUAUCAUGCUACUCCUUCCGGCAUCAGCUAGUCUUGACACAUACUUUUUUUUUUUUUUUCAAGUCAUCCCUCCUUGGCUUGGUAACCAAUUAGCUUGGCCCAUGGUUCUGUUUUUUUUUUUUUUUUUUUUGAGACUACUGGACACAUGAACUUUUAGCAUGUGUAGUUUUAUCUUGCUUUGCCUGUAGUUUUUUUUUUUUCGACAUUCUAGCUGCUACGUCAUCAUGACUUUGUAAUUUGGUAUUAAACCAGUGAAGCUUAUAUUAAUUUCUGAAUGCUUGAGGCAUAUUGUAA